AUGACUGAAUCAUCCAUAUUGCCGUCUGCCAAAGCAAUUGCAUUUGGCCCUAUUAUCAUUCAGCCCCCACUUACUCGUUAUGGAAGUGGGCCGGGACUGUUUAUCCUCCGCCCGGCAGCCUUUGUGGAUUGUCAGGGGCAAAAUCAAACUCUGGACCCUGAGCCACUUCAGAAGUGGGCUGAAGAGGGAUUCUCAGUGGCACAGGUAACGCUUGACGUACAGAAUAGCAAUACCGAGGCUAUAGCUAGCUUGGUCUCUCAAGCCCGACAACAUUUACUCGAUCUUCAAGAGUGCACCUCUGAUACCAGUUUUGGGUUGAUAGUAUAUGGAUCUAAGCUGGACUAUACCACCCUUUCGGAUGACGUUUUGCGCACUUUCAUCGACACUUUCGAGGGACUCGAGGCCGUGAUUUGUUUCGACUCGUGGGAGGUUACUGGCAGUAUAAGAUCUCUCUUGCAUGCACCCACCGCUCAAAGUGAUAAACUUGCCAAAAGUGACCAGCAGACGGCUUAUCUCUAUCCGGAUAUUGUCUCCUCCGGCUUCAUCAUCCCUGGUCAUCCAGAUUUCAAGAUAUCGACAGCCGGGGUUGUCCAUACGAGGAGCCUUGCAUUCCUCAAGAAGACCCUUGGGGGGCCUACCUUUGAUCUUGAAAAGAUCUGGGAUGAGCACACUUACUAUGAAUUCAGCGAUCGCUCUGUUGAAAAGACCAUGGCCACCAUGGUGCAGGAACCCUACGUGAAUCAUGUUCCUACGAUGACCGGUGGCCUUGGUCGGGCUCGUCUGAGCCACUUCUACCUCCACCAUUUCAUUUUUAAUAACCCGGACGAUACAGCGAUUGAACUGAUCAGCCGCACGAUUGGUACCGAUCGCAUCGUUGAUGAAUUCAUCUUUUCCCUUACCCAUGUGAAACCGGUUGACUGGCUGGUACCUGGCAUUCCACCGACCGGAAAGUCACUCCGCAUUCCCUUCACCUCGGUGGUAAACAUCCGCGGCGACAGGCUCUAUCAUGAGCACAUUGCAUGGGACCAGGCGACCGUGCUUGUUCAGCUUGGCCUGCUGCCCGAGUAUUUACCCUUCCCGUAUGACCUGCCCGACGGCUCAGUCCCGGCUCCGGGGAAGCGGUUCGAAUACCGAGUUCCGGCUGCCGGGGUUGAGACUGCCAACAAGCUGCAGGGUGGUCAUGACAUCGCCUCGAACGAAAUGAUUGGUUUUAAGAUUCGAGAGGUUGAUGAUCGGUGAUUCUAUUGGAGAAAUACGCAUUUAGGUA